AUGGGUGGCCCAGGAAGUGGUAGACGCCCUCGUUCAUAUACUGUACAAUCCGAUUCCAUGCAGCAGUCAUCAUCGUCAACAUUGCCGCUUCCUGGGUCCUCAAUGCCAUUGAUCGACGACGAAGCCAAUGUCGCUUAUACGACAGCAAGAGAUGAGGCUGCCCAGAACACUAAACGCAACGCUCAAGAAAGUCGUCCUAUCAACACCAUAUUAGCGUAUGCGACACCUCAAAAGGAAUGGAAGGCUUGGUGUGCAAAAAUGGGGAUCAAUGAGAUACCUGAUGAUGGCAAGCUUCAUUUGUUUUUGCGUCAAGAGGUUGUGUUUCGUGAACACCUCGUUCGUGGCAGAAAGAGAAAGAAUCGUGACACCACCACUGCUACCUCAUCUUCAUCAUCUGCUGCUGUUCCUGUUGGUGUUGAACAAGCUUGCCCACCAUCAUCUUCUUCUGCUGCUCCAGGUCCUGUUGCUACCUCCACACCAUCAUCAUCAUCUUCCGCUGCUCCCGAUCUUGUUGCUACCUCCACACCAUCAUCAUCAUCAUCCGCUGCUCCCGGUCUUGUUGCUACCUCCACACCAUCAUCCUCUAAUGACUUAUUGGGUGAGGAUGGCAAUCCACCAGUUGCAGAAUAUCCUGAUCAAGAGAAUAGCUCUAUCACUACUGAACUUACUGCUGCUUUGGGACCCGAUCCAGAUCUUGUACAAACCUUGUAUGAGAACAAUAUUCAUGUGGAUGCUUUCCCCUCGUCCUUUCGCACUCCUUCUCGUCGUCCCCCUGAUGCCAAGAAAAUUAUCAAAUUCAGCACGGUGAAGAAAUAUGCACAAGCAAUCGUCGACCUUUGGCAACAGCAGGGUGCUCAUGGAACCUCCCCUCGUGGCUACCGUGUUAAAAAGCUUUUGGAAUGGGUACAAAAGGAAGAAAAUCGUAUCAGCAAAGAGAAUUAUGAUGAUCGUGGUGGAUAUACAGCUGCCGAUGGAUAUUCGUCAGAGGUGGAAAUCAAAGCACUCAUGGAUUACUUUUGGAGCAAUGAUGAUCAAUUGGGUUUGCGUGAUGGCUUAAUGAUUUUACUUCAACACUUUGGCCUGCUUCGCGGUGAGAGCGUUCGCAUGUUGGAGUUUCCGGAUCUACAAUCGAUGACACUCGACAAUGAAGGAAUCACCCCGUGUCACACUCUUGUCAUGAUCUUGAAGCAAGGAAAAACGAACCAGCAUGGUCGUGUGGAGGCGGCUGGAUGUUUUCGCCACAAAGAGGUCAAGAUGUGUGCACACAUGAUGCUUGCUUGCUACUUCUUCAGCCGUUACCAUGUCCAUAAUGAGGAGUUUCCCGGUGUCAACCUUAACAGCGAUUGGUUCGAUUACAAGGUGAUCAAGAAUGAGAACGAUAAGACUGGAAAAAAGGAGCUCGGCUAUCACGCCCACCGUGAAACCGUCAUCAAAGCUUUCGAGUCUAUCGGUCUGUAUAGUAAAGCGAAGACACAUGCGAUGCGUGGAUCGGCUGCAAGAAUUGCAGAACUUGGAGGAUCUAGCGAGGCAUCUAUUCAACGUGCCGGGCGGUGGAAUAACAGUGCGUUGACAGUUUGCUACUUGACAAAUAUUCCUCGUGAGUUCAUGCGGACGAUGGCUGGAUUUGCUGUGCAGGGUGGACACUAUUAUCUUCCACGGGCUGAAAAACAACCCCCUGAAUCAUUGGUGAAGGAUGUGUUUCCCUUUGUGGAUAAGUGGCAAGCAAGGAUUCGCAAGGGGAAAAUCAAGGAAAACGCUACCUCUAUCUCUUCUGCUGUUAUGUUCUUGAAGCUCUUGGAUCAAUUGCGCAGGAUUUUCCUACAAGACUCAGUGUUGCUGAAACAGCUUUACCCACAACAUCAUCUCUGGAACCAUUCUUUGUUUGAGGAUCAACGGUACUUGGAUUUUGAAAGUGAAUUAAAAGCUUUUUUACAAGAGGAUGAGGAACCAGAAAGUUUGCAACUUCGAAGAGUUGUGCCUGACAUUGAAAAUGGACUAUCUAAUCUCAACCACCAAUUUGCCUCUCGUUUUGCUGCUCUCGAGGAAACUACCGCCAAUGCUCGUAGGGAGCAAACAGAGGACCUGAAACAAUUUGUUCGCGAUACUAUUGGAGGUCAACUUCAGCCAUUGGUUGAACAUGUCACGGGCGUUCUUUCUGGAAAUGUGGCAUUGAGUGUCACUAUCAAUGCAAGUAAUCAGCCACCACCACCACCACAAUCACAGCAACAGCAACAGCAACCACCACCACCACCAUCAUCAUCAUCAUCAUCACCACCACCACCAUCGUCACCAUCACAGCAACAACAAAUGACUGGUACGAUUUCCUUGCCAAAUCUUUCAUCGGUGCCCACGUCUUCUCUUGCUAGCCCACAACCACCCACAACAAAUCGAUCGAAUGGUAUGCCUGCCACACCACCAGCAUUAUAUAAAAUGAGCCGCAAUACGGUAACUUUGACCGAUUUAUGGCGAGAAUGGUUUCAAGGACUCCGAGGAGGCUAUCCAGUAUCGGUGAUGGAAAAGACGUAUGGAACAGACUGGCGUAAGUCGGCAGGUGAUAGCAAGUUUUAUACCCGUCGUCUUCAUAUCAUUGAAGGUAUCAAGCGUUACGCUGAGAGGCAUGAUAUGGAGGAUGAUAUCUGGGAGGUGGUUUGCAUGUUUGAACGUAAGCGGGCCAAUGAAGGUUUGACGAUUCAUGGUGUGGCAUUAACGCACGAAGCAUUUUUCGCUGAAGCAUCUAACGAUGACAUUCACAAGCUCCUCUUUUUCGUUAUUGGAAUUCAAGGCUUGGUGUACAAAAUUGAGUAUUAUGAGAUACAUGAUGAUGGCAGGCUUCAUUUGUCUUUGCGUCAAGAGGUUGUGUUUCGUCAUCAACGUGUUCGUGGCAGAAAGAGAAAGGAGCCUGACACCACCAUUGUCAUCCCAUCACCAUCAUCUGCUGCUGUUCCUGUUGGUGUAGAACAAGCUUGCCCGUCAUCAUCAUCAUCAUCAUCAUCAUCUGCUGGUCCUGGUCCUGGUCCUGUUGCUACCUCCACAUCAUCAUCAUCAUCAUCAUCAUCUGCUGCUGCCGCUGCUGUUCUUGUUCGCUUGAUCCAACCAACCAAGGAGCUCAGUUAUUCACAACAUCAAGCUGUUAUUAUGAUAGCCUUCGAGUCUAUCGGUCUACAUACUAAAGCAAAGACACAUGUAAUGCGUGGUGCAGGUGCAAGAAUGGAUCAUUUGGUGGAUACUCAAUGA